CAACAACCGAUGUUCGUUGCCGUGCGGAAUGGCAGUAUACUGACAUCCGCAAGUUAGGUCUACUUACUGACGACGAGCGCGAACAUUUUGAGUCCAAGAUUAGUGAAAAUUAUUCUUUUCGCGCUCUCGGCGCUCAAGAAUGUCCCAAGUUGACUUCAAGUGUUAUCGGUAGUGCUUCACAUGCUGUGAGAGAAGCGAUAAGAAUCGGACAUCGUUUAGAUGGUUAUCAUUGCAAUAACAAUCUCUGUGGAGGUAUCGAUCCACGUCUAGCCAUUCUUAAAAACGCGGUCACAAAGGAAGUAGGUAACGUAUCCGGAGUACCAUCGUGCCGCGCAUGCCCGAAAUGCGGUAUAAUCAUCGAACAUGACCGCAAAUGCAAGCAUAUGACAUGUCUUUGCGGUCAAGAAUUCUGUUUCAUUUGUCUUGGCCAGCGUCACCCGCAAAACGGCUGGUCAUGCGGUACAUUCAACAGUGUUUGUGAAAUUGCUCCUGUACAGACCAUUAUCCCCGGCUUAUAA